UAUUAACCGAUUCAUAUCUGUGUUUAAGAGCGCCACUUCCGUAUUAUUUUCCGUGCACUGGAAAUGAUUUAAUACGAGCAUAACCGACCCAAAUUCCCUUCUUUAAGCGGACGAUCAUUAUGCCCGAGUCGUCAGAGGCCACGGUCUGUGUUAAAUCAACUGGCGCAUGCGCAUACGGUGUGAUGGCAAGGACUCUAAAUCGAUAAACGAGUGAAUCAACGACGCCUCCCUCCGGGCUUAAAUCCACCACAAUGGCAGAUAAACAAAAUUCUCAGAAAAGCGUCAGAAUAGCCGCCGGAGCCGUAGUUUGUGUUGAAAGUGAAAUUAGAGGAGACGUCACCAUCGGCCCCAGGACAGUAGUCCAUCCAAAAGCUCGUAUCAUCGCAGAGGCAGGACCCAUCGUGAUUGGAGAAGGCAAUCUGAUCGAGGAGCAAGCUCUGAUCAUCAAUGGUUACCCAGAAAACAUCAUACCGGAUUCAGAGGUGGAACCAAAGACGAUGACCAUCGGCAUGAACAAUGUAUUUGAAGUUGGCUGUGUGUCACAAGCCCUGAAAAUUGGGGACAACAACGUCAUCGAAUCUAAAGCUGACGUUGGAAGGAACGUGAUCCUCACCAGUGGCUGUAUUAUUGGAGCCUUCUGUCAGGUCAACACAUGCGAAGUCAUACCUGAGAACACGGUCAUCUACGGCUCUGGAUGCAUGAGGCGGGUUCAGACGGAGAGACCACAGCCCCAGACUCUACAGCUCGACUUCCUGAUGAAGAUUUUGCCAAACUACCACCAUUUGAAGAAAACUAUUAAAGCCGGCCAAAGUGCUAGCUAGAAUGCAACUUUAUACUUUUUAAGAUGAAUUGUAAAUGGCUAGCAAACGCUUAUUUAAAUGAGUCUUGCUGGAAGGAAGCAUGAAUGUAUAUAAUUACAUAGUAUUAACUUUUGCUUCAGCAGUACCUUUUCUCACUUAUUUUCUAUUCUAACCGCAACAGCUGAUUAAGCAUUUUCAUCUUUCACCUGCUGUGCUGGUGCUGUACUGUUUUCUAUGAUUAAUAAAAUAAUCUCAGAAAUGCUG